UCUUCUUGCAUCGUCUCGGUUGGGAGGGGGUCGAGGAACAGAGGCAAGGAGGGAACAGUUAAGCGGACUGGGGUGUCUCACGUUUGUCUACUCUGAGACUGUCACAUGACCUGUCGUUCUGCACCUGAGGGCGGGGCUCUGGCUACAUACGCAGCUACGGAAGCCUUAGAGUUCGAGCUAGCUUCCUGAAAAUGGCCAGCUGGGGAAAGGUCGCUUCUGUGUUGAGGAACGUGUUGAGGAGCCCUCGGGCUCUGCGGAGUUUGUCUCUGCGCCGGGUUGUCGGUCCCGGUGUUGUGGGCUCGGUUAUAGGAACCGGGCUUUUCUGUUAUUACCGAUAUCACGCAAACAACAGGACAUUGCCCUUCGCCGUUCACGCAGAAGAGCAGAGGGAAGCUCCAGCUCCUCAGCUGUCCGCCAGAAAGAGACGUUUCAUCAAGUUCGCCUCCAUGGUCUACGAACAGGAGCCCUACAUGACGCCCAGAGACUUCCUGUUCUCCGUCAUGCUGGAGAAUGUGGACCGAAAGCUGCAGAAGAGAACUCUAACAACAGAGGACGUUAAUAAGAUGCUGGCCUCUGCCUCUAAAGCUCGGUCUGGUAAUGAUCUGUUCAGAACCUUAGGAGACCAUGGUUUGAUAUCCUACACAGAGUACCUGUUCCUGCUCACUAUCCUUACCAAGCCGCGCACAGGAUUUCAUAUAGCUUUCAAAAUGCUCGAUGUUGACGGCAAUGAGCAAGUGGACAAAAAGGAAUUUCUCAAGCUGAAGAAAAUCAUUGGGAAAAGUAAAAUGAGAAUUCCUAAGGACAGCACAGAGAAACCAGAAGAGAAAGGGGAAGGUGUGAACACGACACUACAGGCCUACUUCUUUGGGAGAAAAGGAGAAAACAAGUUGCAGUAUCAGGAGUUCCACAGGUUCAUGGAGGACCUGCAGGCUGAAGUCCAGGAGAUGGAGUUCCUGCAGUUCUCCAAAGGUAUGGACACCAUGCGAAGAGAAGACUUUGCAGAGUGGCUGCUCCACUACACCAACGAAGAAGACAAUGAAGUCUAUUGGGAAAACAUGAGGAAGCGGAUCCCGGCUGGCCAGAGCAUCACAUUCGAUGAGUUCAAAGUCUUCUGUCUGUUCACCAACAACCUGGAGGAUUUUGCCUUUUCAAUGAAAAUGGUCACUGGAGCGAACCGUCCUGUUGGAAUGGCCCAGUUUAAGCGAGCUGUGAGAAUUGCCACGGGCCACGACCUGUCUGAGAACGUGCUUGACACCGUAUUUAAACUCUUUGACAUGGAUGGAGACAACUGUCUGAGCCAUAAGGAAUUCAUCGGUGUGAUGAAAGACAGAGUGCUUCGAGGCCUGAAGGUGCAGCCUCAGAACGGCUUCUCUGGCUACUGGAAGUGUGUGAAGCAGGAGACUCUGAAGGGAGCUCAGGAAGCCCUGGGAGACAACGGGUGCCCCAUUUGAACCACUGUGAUGUUGCAGGAGACGUCUGAUAGAUGAUCACUCGCACCACUGCUCAUCUUAAAUCAAAUAAGUGGUGUGAACAAGAUUAUAAAUGUAACCACAUGUAAAGAAACUAAGGAUUUACACCACUAUCUUAUGCAUAAAUUACAUGUUUACAAGGUUGUUUGAUAUUAGUUUACUUAGCUAUCUGUGGGUCUGGUUGUGGUGUUUACGAUGUUACAGUAAUUUCUUAAUCACGCCAUGCAUGGUUAUAUUCAGAGUGGCUGAUGACUUUCAAAUUAAUCUUGCACUUUACACACUUUGGCGCUCAUGAGCAGUGUGUUUACAGAAGUUGUUAACUGUGGUUCAAGGUAAAUCAAUAAUUCUGUUCAUAUUGACACAUUUACAUUUUCAAAGGCUUUUAUAGUACCUGGUGUGGGUUUUUUCUUUUUCAAAAAUAUUUAUCAA